AUGCUCGGCAUGAAUCGCCUCGAAGGCGCUCCCCUCCGCGCCGCUAUCGUCGUUACCGGCGCAUUCUACUUCACGCUCCUCGGCUACGACCAGGGCGUCCUGGGCGGGAUCAUCGGGCAGCCGCAGUUCCUUGAUACAAUCAACAACCCCAACGCCAUUAUCCAAGGCCUAGUCGUGUCGAUCUUUGACGUCGGGUGCAUGAUCGGCUGCGCAAUCUCCGGAAUCUACGGCCUGGCUCUAGGCCGUCGGCGCGCGGUCAUCCUGGGCUGCAUGUUGAUUGUCCUCGGCGGCGCGGGCCAAGCAGCCGUCUACCACAUCGUGCAGCUGGUGGUGUUCCGCAUCGUCACGGGCAUCGGGCUCGGCAUCGUCUCCUCGAAUGUCCCCGUCUGGUUAGCGGAGACGUCGAAGGCCAGGAAGCGGGGGCAGAAGGUCGCUGUCCAGCUGUGUCUUGUUCUCACGGGGAAUGUUACGGCUUAUUGGGUGAAUUAUGGAAUGGGCUUCACAUCCGGCGAGGUCGUCUUCCGGAUCCCCAUUGCGUGGCAGUGCUUUUACCCGCUUGUUGCGAUUGUCCUUGCUCUCGGGCUUCCCCAGUCCCCGUGUGUGUUGUACUACUGGGGCGAAGUAAACAGCGGGGAUGAAGUGUUACGCCGGCUUUAUGGGGGCACUGAAGGAGCAGACACUGCCCUGCCAGGGGAUACGGAGACGAGUACUGCGCUCGCCGCAGAGCGCACCGAAAUCCUUCGGGAAAUCGCCUCUGAGCAGCAGCAGCAGCAGCAGCAACGGACGCCCACAGCCACAGCCGGCGCGAAGUCCCUCCUGCUACAGUCUCUGGGAGCACAGAAUCGGGGCAGGCUGCUUCUCAUCAUUACCCUGCAGUCGCUGCAGCAGCUCGGCGGCUGUAACAUAACCGCCUACUACCAAACAACCCUCUUCUCAACCUCCAUCGGCCUCCCCACCAACCUAUCAAAACUCCUCGCCGGCUUCUCAGCAAUCUGUUUCCUCCUCGGCACCCUCCCCGACGUAUACCUGAUCGAACGGCUCGGCCGCCGCCGCCUCAUGCUCCUCGGCUCCUGCGGCUGCUUCACAACAAUGCUCCUCUUCACCGUCCUCCUAGCGCUAAACACCCCGUCUGCGUCAUGGGGCGCCGUAGCCAUGCUAUUUUCAUUCCAAUUGUACGUCCCCUCCCAUCUGUAA